CUCUUUGGGACCAAAAUAUUGAUAAGGUAACAAAUAAAUAACGAAAAGUGAUGAGAAAUGAGCGUUGAUGAAAAAUUUCAGGAACUGUAAGCUUUAAUUAUUCACGUAUGAAUUAUCUGCUAAUUUGAAUUUCUCCUUCAUCUUUCCCAUCGUUCAAAUUACUAUAGCAUAUCUUCGCCUGGUAGGAAGUCCUCAAAGCUGUAAUAAUGAUAAGGUUUAUUUUGAUACAAAAUCGUGCCGGAAAGACAAGACUGGCCAAAUGGUACAUGAAUUUUGACGAUGACGAAAAACAAAAACUUAUAGAAGAAGUGCACGCUGUGGUUACCGUUCGAGAUGCUAAACACACGAAUUUUGUCGAAUUUCGUAAUUUUAAAAUUAUUUAUCGUCGUUAUGCUGGUUUAUAUUUCUGCAUUUGUGUGGACGUGAACGAUAAUAACCUUUGCUACCUGGAGGCAAUUCAUAAUUUCGUCGAGGUGUUGAACGAAUACUUCCAUAAUGUUUGCGAAUUGGAUUUAGUAUUUAAUUUCUACAAGGUGUAUACAGUCGUUGAUGAAAUGUUUUUAGCCGGAGAAAUCAGAGAAACUAGUCAAACCAAAGUUCUUAAACAAUUACUCAUGUUGAAUUCGUUGGAAUGAUAUCAUUCGUACCUAUUAAUGUAUUAUUCGCUAUGUUAUAUUGUAUUUUUUUAUUUUAUCGCAUUCCUCCUACGAUCUAUCAGAUGGAUCCUUCGGUAAAUUAAUCAUUUCCGAAACUAUUAUUAUCCCUUAAUAAAUCUCCCAUGUAUGUGUUUGCUAUUCAGUAUUCUAUCCAUUUUGUAUGAUUUAUUUAUUAAUUUAUUCAUCUUUGUUAUCUAAAUAGUAAAUGAACGUCUGUAAUACUCGUACAAUUAAAAUAUAUCACGAGUGUUUUAAUGUUAUAA